AUGUGGCGCUGUUGUCAGCUGUCACGAGUCAGCCCGCGAGAGGGAGUCCGCGGCCCACCCCGCCCGACGAGCCUCUCGCGCGUGUUUAUUUUCGGCCGCGGCGGCCGCCGCUUAGCGGCGCGUGCCACAGUUGCCAUGGCAACGCGCCCGGCCGCCCGCUCGCCCGACGACGCGCGGAAACGGCCGAGAGAACGCAGCCCGCCUAAGAUGCGCCGCGCUCGCGACACCCGAGCUGAGCAGAGU